UCUUCCCCCACAGCACCAAUACCCCUCCCACCGCCCUCCCCCGGAAUGCAACUCUACCACGUAGCCGUCGGCCGCGGAACCCAAAACUACACCUGCGACCUCACCAACACGACCGCCAUCCCCGUCGCCGCCGGCGCCGUAGCCUCGCUCUUCAACGUAACCUGUCUCUCCGCCAACAGCCCCACCCUGCUCUCCAAAAUCCCCGCAAUCGCCUUGGACCUCCCAACCCCCAAAUCCACCACCCCCUCCUCCCCCAUCUACCAAGACCUCUCCGGCCACCACUACUUCACCGACUCCACAACCGCCUACUUCAACCUCGACACCACCCUCACAUCCUACGGAGCCGGCGGCUUCCAAAAACUCAACUCCACCGCCGCCCCCGAAGAUGCGUGUGUGGGACAGAAUGGGAGGGGGUAUGGAGCAGUGCCGUGGUUGAAACUCACGGCCAAAAACCCCGAGGGCUGUGUUUUUCAGGAGAUCUUCCGCAUCAAUACUGCGGGCGGUGUGGCGCCGAAAAGCUGUCAAGGGCAGCAGGAGGAAUUUCAGAUUGAGUAUGCGGCGGAGUAUUGGUUUUAUGAACCGGAGACGACGAGGACGGGGUAGUGAGUGGUUGGUUUGAGGGAUUUUGUGAUGCGAUUUAGCGGCAUGGGGAUUUCUGGUGUUUGCCUUUCCUUCUUCUUCUUCUUCUUCUUCCUUCUGACUUUCCCGGGGAGGUCUGCUUCUGCUUUCUGUGCAUAGAUACCGACCUACCUACCUACCUACGACGACCAUGCUGAAACGGUCUUGGUUAUGUUGUGUUGUUGGCGCUGGCCACGUGAAAUUUUACGAACGACAGAUUAUAGUUAGGGCAAAGACAGCGAAAAAGAAAACAGAACUAGAAC